AUGAAUAAUGUCGCUGGAACCCUUUCAAGUGCCUCUUCAACUCGCUCGGAUUAUUCCGCAGCUUCUUCACUCCAUGGACUCCACCAAACCUCUUCGGCACACUCCUCCCACUCUAUAAACUCAUCUUCUCAUGUCCAAACAACCUCUCCUUCUUCCUCCUCUCACGGCCGGCGCAGUAGCCGCAACAGCACCUCCCGCAACAGCCUAUCCGGUGCAUGGUCCGCAAUUCAAACAACCCUUAGCGGAGGCUCCUGCUCAUCCUCAGAGUCGUACCGACGCACCCCACCGCCAGAGUACGGCGCAGACUAUACGGUCGAGCCGUACACUCUACGCAACAAAAUCCCUCAGAUGAUGAAAUUCUCACUGUCGGGCGGCGCACACACCAAGGUCUACGAGAAUGGUGAAGUCAUCAUCGGCACCUUGCUGGUCGCACCAAACAGAGAUGUCAAAGUGUCGACGCUGACUGUGACGUUGGAAAUGGAGGAAGAUACCUCCCACGCUACCUGGGCUCGUGAAAAGCACCUCAACCGCAGAGUCAGACUUAAAACACACCGCAUCACAAACCUUCCGCAAGAUGGAAUUGUUCGUAACAAUAUGCUCUACUCCAUUCCAUUCUCUAUUGAAAUCCCAGAAUUCCUUGACCCCUCCGCUUGCUUGGAUGUGGCCAAAACUGACCUGACUGUUAGUGACUACCAUACCAGACUACCGCCAACCCUCGGUGUCCCCCCAGAAUACUCGGUCCCGGCGCUGGACGUCCCGGGCAAUGUGGCUCGAAUCACUUAUACUCUCACUGCAACCCUCAAGUCCAUGACCUCUAACACAAACCUUUCGUAUGUUGUGUCAUCGAUUGGCCGUCAUCUUACCAUCAUUCCAUCCUAUGCUGUGUCUCCGGAAGUUUUGAUCCCCCCAGCACAGCCUUUCAAGUCAUUUUUGGAAAUCACCAAACGCACAGGCAAACUUGCCUCUUCUCGGACCCCCGUUGGAGUCGCCCAGCUGGCUUUUGAACAUUACCCAGUCCUGGCAUUGUCUCCAGACAGAGUCUCCAUGCUACCACUUUCCCUCAAGUUUUAUCCCAGUUCCGUGGUACCUGCAGGUGAAUCCCUUGAAGGUAUUAGUAGCAGCAGUGAUGCGGCGGCAGCGGCUAUUAAUAAUAAAAAUAAUCAGCCGACAACUAAAACUACAACAACAACAACAACAACUACUAAUACGCUUCACUCGGCUACUUCACCAAUUUAUGGAUACCCGCCGCCUGUACGCAAAAUCUCCGUUUAUCUCAAGGCCCGCACCGUUUAUUCCAACGACGCUUCCUUCAAGUAUCUCCCUUCCAACCUCGACCUCAUCAAGCCAGUUCAAAUUGAGCCGGUAUCCAGCGAGGUUCUUAACCCGGUGCGUGGCAUUGGUGUCAAUGCCCAUGUUGGAGCACGGACGCAUCUUUUCCCCCAAGGCUUCAAGGAGCUAGUACAUCCGCUUUUAGUGACUCAACUAAGCCAGUCUUGCGGGUUCCGCUGGCCGGAUACCCCAUCAGUUCUUCCAAGUGGGAAAAAGGUGGCUGGUUCAUCAGGCAAAAGCCCACGCAAGUUGGUUUACUCAGCAGACUUUGCUAUUCCUCUCGUCACCUCAACGGCCAUGGAAAAGGCUCUAAUUCCAACGUACCAUUCAUGCUACACUAUGCGCGACUAUACCCUCGUGGUUUGCGUCGAGUUCCCGGCUGCAAACGUAUUGACCAUUGAGGUCCCCGCAGUAUUGGUUAAAAACCCUACAGAUCUUUUCCCUAACUACACUCCUGGGUACUCUGCUACCGCAGAUGCAGAGGAAAACCUGGGCGACGAUAAGAAGACCAAGACGAAGAAAAAGGUCAAGCCAGUGGCCAAGGUCGUCAUGGAGGGGAAAAGGUCCUUGCGGGUCAUGGGCUCUUCCUCUUCUACCUCGUUGUCUCCGUCAUCCUCUGCAUCCGCGUCUGCAUCCGCAUCCGCAUCCGCAUCUGCAUCUGCAGCGCCCCCUUAUUCUUUAAAGUCUUUGAAUGGUCCUGGCUCGCUGUCAUCAUCAUCAUCACAAAAGGCAUUUGCUUCUUUAGAAGACGAUGUCAUGAUUGUAGAUGCUUUUGAGCGUAAACGGGCUCACAAGUUAAUUACUCCGGGCAAUUUUUUCCCAUGA